GCGCCACCCGGAGUGAGAUCGGGCCUGGGACUCCGGCAGAGACGGAUUUGAGGCAGCUUUUCCCGUUCUCUCGAGAAGACGUUUGUGGAUUGUCAGAAUGGCUGCAGCUCCUCAAGCCCCAGCGAGGGGAUCUGUUCGUAAAACAAGACCUUUAACUGUAAAGACAUCUUUGAACAAUCCAUACACUAUCUGCUGGAGUGCUCUGGAGAGAGAGGAUGUGCACUUCAUAUUGCAGACGCUUGAAGACAGGUUUAAGUCUAUUGGACUUCAGAAGAUUGAGGAUAAGAAGAAAAAGAAAAAAACAGUUUUUUUAAAAAAAGAAAGAGAAAAAUGCAGCGUAGAUGUUGAUGUUAGUGAGGACCUGAAGGAGAGAGAACCAGAGGCCAACCAGCAGGUGUCGGGCUGGACGCCUGUGCACGUCAGGAAACAGCUCGCCAUUGGUGUGAAUGAAGUUACCAGAGCCCUGGAAAGAAGUGAACUGCUUUUAGUUCUCGUGUGUAAGUCGGUCAAGCCCGCCAUCAUCACCUCACACUUGAUUCAGCUGAGUUUAAGCAGAACUGUUCCUGCUUGUCAGGUUCCCAGGCUCAGUGAGAGAAUCGCCCCCGUCAUUGGCUUAAAAUGUGUUCUAGCCUUGGGAUUCAAAAAGAACACCACUGACUUUGUUGAGGAAGUAAGAGCCAUCACUCCCAGAGUACCCAGUUUAAGUGUCCCAUGGCUUCAAGAUGGAAUUGACGAUUCCAGGGAAAAUCUGGAGAACGAAUCUUUGGAAAGCCAAGACAAAGAGACUUUGGACACUUCAUUUGAAGAUCUCUCAAAACAUAAGAGAAAGUUUGUUGAUGGGCAGACUUCUGCUGUAGCAUUACAACCCCUUAAAAUAAAGAAACUGAUCCCAAACCCUAAUAAGAUAAGGAAACCAUCCAAAAGCAAAAAAACUACUUCAAAGUGAUCUUGUAUAAACUUGCAAUUUCAUACAAUUUUAAAAAGGACACCUUGUAAAGAAGCCCUGAAACUAAUAAAAUGAAUUAUAUUUACAUA